AUGUGUGAUGAUUGCGCCAAUUUGUUCGAAAAUUCGCAUCUCCGCUCCAUUACGAAAUUGGCAGACGAAAAUUCACCUUUGGUGUCGUUGACGGAAGCAAUUAAUGGUUUACAAAACGAAAUCAAAACAUUGUCGAAACCUGCUCCUCUGACUCCCACACCGCUCAAUAUGCGCUGGCCAUUCAUCGAGCGUCGCCGUCCAGCCAAAAGACCUCGUGGGCCUGACUUGGAACAAGAAGCUUCCGAAUGCAAAUCUGGAUCGAAGCAAAUUGGAGAAAACGUUGUUUGUGUUCCAGUUUGUGAACAGCAACCCGACAAAUUUUGGCUAAAUUUGUCUCGUAUACGUCCAGACGUCACCAAUGAUGAGAUUGCUGCUAUGGUGCGAGCCAAUCUUGAAAUGAAUGAGGAUCCAGUAGUUGUUAAACUGGUCGCCAAAGGUACCGAUGUUAGCAACAUGACCUUUGUAUCAUUUAAAGUUGGCCUCGAUCCUGCACUACAAGCUAUCGCCUUGGAUCCUUCAACUUGGCCCCAAGGAAUCUAUUUUCGCCAAUUCGAGGAGAAAUCAUCCCAAAAAUUUUGGAAACCAGCUGCUGUGGAUCCAUCUCCAAUGCCUGUUUCAACGCAAGGAGGAAUAGUUCAGCAGUGA